AUGCCAGAUGCCAUUAUCCACGCAGAAUAUUCUGACACUGGUGCUUCCAAAUAUUAUCCUCCUCGGAUUGUCAGAGGAGAUAAGAGAGAAGCAUCUCCCACUGCCUCAGGCUUCAACGUGGGCAACAGCUUGGCUUGUACUGCAUCCUCAUCCUUGCACAGGGAGAGGAAAAUGAGUGCUGGGGCUUGUACUGCCUUCCAUGGGCUUUGCCUGGAAGGGAAACUGCCCGACGCCGUCAUCAGUGUGGAUGGUAUUGAAUUUCCUGCUCACAAGACCAUCCUCUGCAACUGCAGUCCAUACUUCAGGGCCUUGUUUUCCAGCAGCUGGAGCAGUGCCGAGAAGAGCGUCUAUAAAAUCCCCGGCACUUCCCCUGAAAUGAUGAGGCUCCUUAUCGAGUAUGCCUACAGCGGGACAGUGCCGGUCACAGCUGACAACGUCGUAAGCCUGCUAAUCGAGGCAGACCAGUUCAAUGUCCUGGGCACCCUCAGAGUGUGCUGUGAGUUCUUAAAAGCCCAUCUCUGCUUGGAAAAUUGCAUCGGCAUCUGGAAAUUCACAGGCUACUAUUACUGCCCUGACCUGCGAGAAGAAGCCCAUCAGUUCAUCCUACAUCAUUUCGAGCAGGUGACCAAGGUGUCCACCGAGUUCCUGGAGCUUUCCAUCGAUGACCUGGAGCGCAUCCUGGAGAAGGAGGAGCUCCCUGUGACAGAAGAGGUCGUGUUCAAUGCCCUUCUCAAAUGGGUUGCUCAUGACCUGCAGACAAGGAGGCAGCACAUAGUAGUCUUGCUGGGCAAGGAAGGCUGGAGGAUUGGACAGAAGGGAUUUUUUUUCUUUAAAUAAACGCAGCGUUUUUACAGUUAAAGACUUUGCUUAAAACUUUUGAACUCAUAUCUUCGUAACGGUAUGAAUUUGUAGUUCCAAUUCCCUGUACUUACACGUCACCCAUCAAAAUCUGCAAGUGCCAUUGCUAGCAGUUUCACAUGAACUAGAUUUUUAUCAGUGUCCCACAAGCUGCUAUUGGACUAACUGUUUGAAGAGCUCGAUGUUUGCUCUCCUAAAAUUCAGGGACCUGACUUUACCCUUCCCCCUGACACACACACCCCUCAGGACUGUGAACUCCAUCGGUGCAUGAACACGGCAGCCUAGGCUGCCUCUGAUCUUGACAGCACCCACUAGCUCACUUGCGUUGAUGACCAUCAGGUCCGGUAUCACAUCCCGUCUGGUGGGGCUGUCCAUUACCUGGCUUCAGAAGUUCUCUUCGAUGCACUCCAGGGGUCUCCUGAAUCACCUACAGCUUGCCAUGCUACUUUUCCAGCAGCUGUCAGGCUGGUUGAAGUCCCCCUGCAGGAUGAGAGCCUGCAAGUGCAAGGUCUCCUGUAGCUGGAGUAAGAAGGGCAAUAGGCUCCCCUUGAUUAGGUGGCCUGUAGCAGACACCAGGCAGUAGUUCAGCCACAGACAACUUGGAACAACGAUUUUGAGUCAUGGAGGCUCAUACCAGCCUUGUUAGCAUGGUGAAAAACUUCAAGGGCUAUAGAAGGAGUGACUGCUCUAAACCUCCCCUUUUCUUGGUUGUUCUGGGGCCUAGUAGGCUCUUUCUAAUGGCAGGAAAGCUUUAUUGAAGACUGAUGGAUCAUCACCUGUUUUCCUUCCUCUGGUUGUCCAUUAAGCUGAACACCAAGUAGCUUGAAGAGAUGCUAAACUGGUCAUUCUUCAUUAUGCACAACAGCCGUGCUAAGAAAUUCACUGCAACAGAAGACUUGUAACAACUGACUUCUAGGGGGCUGCUUUUGCCUCAAGAGUGUAUUAACCUAGUAAUUCGCAGCUGACUUCCACUUUAAUACUGUUUCCUACUUAAAAGAAAUUCCCAUUAAUUUAAUAACUCUUGUUCGUGUUAUUAAGUAAGACGCUAGGUCUUGGGGACAAACUGUCUUAGUUCCCCCCACCCCAACUGCUGUUUUUUUCCCAGGAAAAAACACGGGUGGAAGAUAGAGGCUGCUACCCACAACAUGCUUGCUCCAUAACAUUGACUUUAUCAUCUGUCACCAACUGUAAGGUAGUAAUAACAAUAUUUAACAACACACAAAAAAGGCAAGCAAGCUGAUGAAAAAGGUAACUGUAAGAAUAAGGACCACCUUUUCUUAUCUAGGGCAAGGGUUUUUUUUAUGCAGCGCGUUUAGCGCAAAGGAACAAAACCUCGUUUCACUAAAGUCAGUGACCUCUGCUUUCAGAGGGACUUCUAGUUUCUACACCAAUUAUACAACAGGAUGGUAUAUGG